GCAAUAAUUGAAUAGAUAGAUAAAUGGAUAGGAAUAAGAAAAGCAGUUUAGUAGGCUCUGCAUCUGAUGAUCAUUGCUAAUCAGACGUCAAUACCUGUCUUUGAUAGCCAGGCCCAUGAAAACACCAGCUUUCUGCUGAAUAAAAUCUGAAUGCUGGAAAGUAGUAGAGAAUAACUAGGAAAAGCUUGACAAAUAAUUCUGUCAUUAUAGAAAUCUGUGGUGUCACCAUGUGUGUUCCGCUGAAUGUCUGCUUACAUCAGAAAGAUGCAGCAGAACUGGAAAAGUCAGUUCAAGCUGAGGAAUCCUCAGCACUCACCUUUGGACUGUUUGGGUGUUUCAGGAAGUAUUACAGUGACUGCACAGUUCUUAAUACCUUUCUUCUGCAAGUUCUGGCUUUUGGCCAUCAUCGGAGGUGGGCAGCUCUGAAGAGCCAAGCUGUAACACAAUGUAGUUGUUCUUGUGUGGAUCUGAAACAGUGCUUCUGAGUGCUGGGAAAAGAGGGAAUGGUGAUUAGAAAAAGAGAGAGGGAUUAGAUAAAGAGAGAGAGAGCACACAGCACAGAGGGCUCUCAAGGGAGGACCAUGUGCUUGGAGAGGAGGAGGGUUACAGCAAGCCAGCAGAUCUCCUCAGCGCUGGGCUUGGAGCAGGUGACCUCCAGAGGUCCCUUCCAACUCAACCCUUUCUUGUUUCUACAUCAACGUUUUGCAAAGCAUUCAAAACCAGCACUUGAACAGGCAGAUAUUGUCGGUCACCAAAAGCCAAGGUGAACGUGCAGUUCCUCUUCUCAAAGUCUCAGCUUACUCAAGGUGAGCCAUAGGGUAUUACACAUGGGCUGAGCCUGACAAGAGCCAAAAGAGGAAGGACUUUGCAAUAUGCGUUCCCGUAAUUAACCCACAGAACUUGUCACCAGCUGUAACCUUAUAUGGAUACAUUAAUUUUCAACAUGGCAAUUCUGCUUAUCUCAGCAAGAGAGUGAUCAGGCCACAGCUGAGAUCCACAGACUUUACAGUCUGUGAUUGCUUUCUUGUAGGGAAGAAAAGGAAAGACUCUGCCCGGCCGACACCCAGCGCUUGCCGCACACGCUGUGCUACCGCUCCAUCCUUGGUUAUAAGUGAGAGAUCAACACAGGUGGGAAAUACCAGGAGAUAGAAGCCAGCAUUGACAAUGGCCAGAGGGAAUGAAAGGUUCGAGUCAAAGAGAUGCAGCCGGACGGAGCAAAUCACCCACAAACGAAGGAAUGAAGACCUCCUGACAUUCUACCUGCGUCAUCAGGAUGCACAAAGAAGUCCCUGUGCCUGCCACCAAAGCAACAUUUUCACUCUGCCGUGUUCUGACUCUGUGAGGAGAGACAUCCAAGUGCUUCAGAAGUUCAUCAGGAAGUACGAACCCCAUGGAGCUGUUGUUACCAAAGAAGAAGUUGUUAUUGUCAGUGAAGACACUGAUGUUUGCAAACAAACGUCACCGAAGAACCUCACCAAAGCUGCAAACCUAAUGGAAGAACACAGGAUAGAAGCAGGCAGCAGAGGCUGCCCAGAAUCCCAGAGCACAGACCUUGGGGGGCCUCCAGGAGACACGCCACGGUCACAGCCUCCAGCUCCGAGGGCGGAACCAAAGGAUUUGGGUUUUCCCCCUGACGAUUUCAGCAAGAAGGUCUAUGGGCUGGCAGCCACUUGUCUCACGGUAACUGUGGGAUUUCUGGGCUGGUCCAGGCUGCGGCACCAGCUGGGAAACUAUUACUGGCUGUCCUUCACUUUUGUGAUGUGCAUUGCUCUUAUCCUCCUGGGCUCUGCAGCCAGCCAAGUGGGUUCUGUGAAUGCCUUUUACACCUUGACAGUGGCAGCAAUUGGAAGUACAAUACUUGGAAUUAUUUCAGACUCCUACGAGUUGGUGACAGUAAUGCUAGUUGGAGUAAUAACCACAGCUGCAACCCUAUUACUGUUUUUAUUUGCUCUGAAGACAAAUAAACCCCUGACGAACCUGACCGUAUCAACCACUAUGAGCAUCCUGUGUGCUGCUGGGGCUAUUGCCUGUGUCAUUAUAAAUUCAUACAAGUUCCAGGCUCUGUUUGCUCUGUUUGGAAUUCUAAUCUUUGCUACUGAUCUAACAAGGACAGCGGCUGAGCUUCAAAGUCAGCCUGCAGAAAUGCAGCGCUCCAUGGACCACGCUGAGGCAGCAGAAGGACUUUUCAUACCCAUUGCUAUGAUCUUCUUCUUUAUUUUGCUAUUAGUUGGUUGAACACACGGCAAAGCCAAAUAUUUUGUCUGCCUUCAACUUUCAGCAAGACACCACUUUUACCUAAAUAAAGGUACAUGACAGCUCAUUGAGGCAUUCUGGUAAGGUGGCUGUGGAAUGUAUUUUCAUGUAAUAGUCUUUUUGUGGAUGAAAAAUAUCUUAAGGUACUGUAGAAGUGUAUUAAUGAGGGAGUGGGCACAAUGUACUGAGAUAAUCUGUAAAAUAUUUUCUUUACUGAUGAGGUGGUCUCCGUGCAAAGCUUAAGGCUGGUCCCAUUGAUCAAUGAAUUAUGUUGUAUUUAUUGUCAGAAUUGCACUCCAGUGAAAAGCUUAUGGACUGCAGAGAAGAGGGAAAAUGUUUGAGGGGGUCAUGAUGGUUACUGUGAAUAUCUUUUAAGGAUCGUCAUUUGUACUUCUUGAUGCUUACUAAUUUGAUAGGAGCAGCAAACAGGAAUCUGGACAAAGUGAGAGGAAGGAGAGCAAAAGCCUGAAGUGAUGCCAUCUUAGGAUUAACUACUGCAAUGUGCUGAGCAUGGGUACACAUCUCAAAUGCAUGUAGUGAGUUAUUUAAGAAUUUGAGAUUUAACCCUGUGUUAGCAUUUUGCUGCUGGUUUUGGAGUAUUACGAGCAUUUGGAACAUCUUUAACUAUUGACAGUAUCUCUUAAAUGUAGUGCCUACUUCUUUAGUCCAUUCACCCUUGUAUUUGAAGAGGGCAGAGCUGAGGCUGCAGGCUCAAAUACACCUUGUUCCUGCUGUCACAGGUACCCUGGCAAUAUGAUGGGGGCAGUUGUGUGGGGGAUGCCUCUUUCUGGGGACUGGGUGGGCAUCAGCCAGAGGGUGGUGAGCGAUUAGGUUAUGCAUCAAUUGUAUUGUGCUCUUUUUGUUGCCUUUUUUUUUUUCUUACUAAACUACCCUUAUUUAAAACCAUGAGUUCUUUCUCUUUACAAUUCUCCUUCCCAUCCCGCUGCAGGUGGAGUGAAAAAGCAGCUGUGGGAAGCUUAGGUGCCUGCAGGGUUAAACCACAGCACAUGGUCACAUAACAGAUUUAAAAAAAGAAAAUAGUGAAAAGUUCUAUAUAUCUAAAUGUAAAAGUCCCCCUACAUUCCCUGUCCCUCACAGGCAGCAGGAAGCAGUAAGCUCAGGAAUUCAGGCCACCUAAGCAUGUCACUGCGCUUUGAGAUGACUGGCUUGUAAAAUGGUUUGAGCAGAGAACUCUAACACCAGUAGCCAUGUACUUGGUGUUUGCUUUCAUUACUAGACAGAUGCUAUCAGUAUAUAAAAUUAGUCUUUAUUUCACUUUCUUUAGCAAGGUUUUAAUUUGAAUUUAUUUUCAUACCAUCAUUUAUUGCAAAGACUGAAAAACACACACAAAUAAUGACAAUGUGAAACUCAAAUGUCAGUGUUGCCUUACUCAAGAAUCAUAGAACGGAUUAGGGUGGAGGGGACCCUAAACACCAUCCGGUUCCAACCCCCUGCUCUGGGCCCGCUGAGUAAAAAAUGUCAUCCUAACAUCUAACAUAAAUCUCCCUUCUUUUGGUUUAAAGCCCUUCCCCCUUGCCCUAUCACUAUCAGAUCAUGUAAAAAGUGGUUCCCUUCCUGCUUAAAAGCUCCCCUCAAGUACCUGAAGGCCACAAUAAGGUCUCCCCAAGUGUUCUCAGCUCCAGACUGAAACAAGCCCAACCCUUCUUCAUAAGAGGGGUCCCUCCUCUGGAUCCACUCUAACAGCUCCACAUCCUUCCUGUACUGGGGCCCCAUGCCUGGGCACAGUACUCCAGAUAAGUACAAGGGCAGAACAGAUGAGGGCAAUCCCCCUCCCUCUCCCUGCUGACCACCCCUCUUUUGAUGCAGCCCAGGAUACAGUCGGCCUUCAGGGCUGCAAGCACACACUGCUGGCUCAUGUCCAAUUUUUCAUCCACCAGGACGCCCACAUCCUUCUUGGCAGGGCUGUUCUCAGUGAAUUCUUUUCCCAGCCUGUACUUGUAUCUGGGAUUGCCCCAGCCCCAGUGCAACACCUUGCUCUUGACCUUGUUAAAUAAGGACAUAUUUACUUUAACAAGAGGAGACCAAGAUGAAAAACCCAUAUAACAGGUUUUAAAUCUGCAUUCAGCUUUACGAGAAAUGCAUGCCCAUAUG